AUGGCCACCAAUAGAGCACACAGGCGAUGUUUUCGAGAAAGAAAGGACUACUUAGCUCAGUACAGUGAUGCGCAACUUGUGGAAAGGUUUAGACUGGAUUCAGCCGGUGUUUAUUUCAUUGAAAGUUUGAUUGCACAUGAAAUUAUCAGUAGUUCACAGAAAAAUCAUGCAGUAUCCCCAAUUCAGAAAAUCUUCCUGACUCUACGAUUUCUUGCCACUGGUAAGACACAGCUGUGUAAUGGAGACGACAUGGGUGUUUCCCAGUCCACCGUGUCUAGGGCUAUAACUGCAACCCUCCGAAGUCUGUCCUCCCAAAGAAUUGUUACACAGUUCAUUAAAUUCCCACAGAAUACUCCUGACAUUCGUAAAAACCAAGAGGAAUUUUUCUCUCUCGCUGGGUUUCCUUGA